ACUGCAUGGGUUUCAACAGCGAGGACGUUUCUGCAAAGUUUUCGAAAAUUUAAUAUUUUGAACUUAUGUGUUAAUACAAGUUCGCUAAUAAAACAGAAUUAUUCGCAUAACUUACGAAUUGUCAAUUUAUAUCAAAGUAAUGCUGAAAUGUUGCGAAAGAUAUUGAGUUUAAAACCACAACUACUUCUGGUGUUUUUAUUGGCGCUUGCUAGCUUUUCGUAUGGCGCCGAGUUUUCGUCUAAUGUAAAAAAUUCCGAGUCAUCCUCCAUAGCUAACGGUACUGGUAUUUUGAAAAGCUUAAGCAGUGGUAAUCAAAUGGAAAGCUUGAGAAGUGAAAGUGUAGAGGAAAAUGUGGAUAUAGAUUAUGAUGAGGAGCAGGAUGACGAUGGUGAUGACGAUGACGACGAAGCAACGGGGGAAAGACCAAAGCACACACGCAAAAAACAUAUUAGCAUUAUAAAACGUGUGGGCACAACUUUUACUUGGGAUCGCUGGGAAAAAUGGACUAAAUGCAGUAAUUCCUGUGUGCAAAUUCGCCGCAGAAAAUGCAUCGAGCGUAAACUGACUUCACUGGAUGCUGCUCCGAUUGACCGAGAAUUCUAUCCUGAACCCAAUAGCCUCACCGGUUGUCGAGGUAUUAUAAAACGUUUUCGGUUUUGUAAAGACGAAAAAUGUAAGGCGAAUAAAAAGCGGCAACGUGAUGAACAAUGUGCCGACUUCAACAGAAUACCAUAUAAAGAAAAGUUCUACAAUUGGCUGGGCUAUGAAAAGGAACACAACGAGUGUGAGCUAUUUUGUCGUCCAAGUGGUUCGGGCAUGUUCGUGAGCAUGAAUCAAUCAGUCACGGAUGGUACCACCUGUGGCCGACCGGCAGUUUAUUACACACACUAUUAUAGACGUAAGGCGGUAUGUGUGGAGGGUGUUUGUCGGGCGGUUCAUGAGAGUGGUGCCAUACGGCCAGCCACCACCAGCGACGCCCAAACGAAAUGUGGUUCAGUGUUAUGUGAGAUGGUCUCCGAGGUGUUCAGUAAAGCCAAGUUGAGUUAUGGCUACAAUUAUGUGCACACAAUUCCAGCGGGGGCGAUGAACUUAACGGUCAAACAGCUGGCACGAAGUGAUAAUUUACUGGCACUGAAAACUAUCGAUGAUAUGUUUCUGAUUAACGGUAACAAUCGCGCCUCAGAGAGUGGUAUAUUUGAGUAUAAUGACGACAGCUAUGACUACAAUCGCGAACUGAGCAUAAUCACUUCUAAGGGACCAAUAAGUAAACCCGUUGUGCUUUUGCUCUUUGUGCGCGGUCACAAUUCAGGCAUCAAAUAUGACUACACUCUUCCCGUACCGUCUGCUUCCAUAACUGAGGAUGAGGAGCUGCAGUCACAGUGGAACGAGGUGGGUCAGCCACUGGACGAGUUAGAUGAGAACAACAUCGAUGGCUCCGUUUCGGCACAGAUCGCACGCGCACGCGAACGCAAACGCCGCAAGUUCUCGUGGAAAUUACUCGGCUUUGGUGAAUGUAAUCGCUCCUGUGGACCAGGUAUACAACCACCCAUUUUUCGUUGUAUACGCGAUUUGCCGACGCGUUAUUAUUCACCUAAGCGCUGUGCCUUUGUUGAGAAGCCAGUCUUCAGUGAGGACAUCUAUCGUUGUAAUCGUGGAUUGUGUCCAGCUUAUUGGCGCGCUGGUGAAUAUGGGGAAUGUAAAUGCGCCGACGGUGAGGUCGAGGGUGUACGUUCACGCUACGUGUAUUGCGUACAGGAGCAAAAUAACGGCAAGGCGGAAGAGGUAUCCGAAGAUUUGUGUGAGCAACAGAAACUGCCCCAGUUAAAUGAGACAUGCAAUUGCCCAAAGUUAAAUCGACGUAAAAUCUACGCACGUGGACCGGACAAGACACCACGCGUCUUCUCGCGGCUGCUUAUAGCGCCCACUUUGGUGCGCAGCAUUUACAACUCAACCACGCCAUUGCGCCGGCAUCUGCGGGACGAUCGUGUAGACAAAGCGGGUGUGUGGUUGAUGUCGGGCUGGAAUCAAGAGUGUUCGACUGAUUGCGGCGCAGGUUUUGAGCAUCGCUCGAUCUACUGUGAUCGCACGCCACCCUAUACGGAUCUUUGUGAUCUACGCUUCACGCCAGAGCAGAAGCGUAUUUGUAGUGGUAGUCAACAGGCUGAGGCGUGUCAGUAUGGUAUAUGGUUCACUUCCGAUUGGAGUAAUUGUACCGGCGAUUGCUUUAAUUUACAACGUAAGCGCGCUGUGCUUUGUCUGCGCGAUGGUGUGGCGGUGGAUGAGUCGGAAUGCGAUUUGUUGUUGCGACCGCGCGCUGUUAUGAAUUGCACACACAAAGAGGUGACGUUUUGCGGGUCCAAGUGGCAUUACUCCGAGUGGUCGGAGUGUUCCCGCUCUUGUGGUGAAGGCGUUCAACGGCGUUAUGCCAAAUGUCUGGAAUUUGAUUGGAAACAAAAGGCGAUGGUAGAAUCGAGCAAUUGUAAAUAUUUGGAACGAGAGCCGGUCUAUGGAACAUGUAAUGUGCAGAAGUGUGAAGAACUCAACACACUCUUCGAUGUGGAGCGUGAUAUUUUGAAGCCAGUUGAUCCACCUGUCAAUUGCAAAGAUGAUGUGAGUAAUUGUCAGCGAAUAAAUCGACAACGAUUGUGCAAAUUGCACUACUACAAAACCUACUGCUGUGCCACAUGUAGCGGAUAUGCUUAGCAGCGUUUAGCAAUGGCAAGUAGAGGAAAUAUGUGGCAGCGACGAGUAAAGCCGAGAAAGUUACGCUCCAGCAGCUUCAGAAUGGAGCUGAGGCAGUGCGCAUUUAAUUGUAUUUAAAUUAUUUGCUUCAACGACAAUAACAAUAACUAUCAUAACAUUAGCUUAGCAUUUAAUGUAGUCAGUUUAGCUGGUAAGAUGCACGAAAAGUUGAAAAUAGAAGAAAUGAGCGAAGGCGCUUAAGGCACGUGAUUGCAGUAUGCGUCUGCGAAAGCACAACAUAUAAGAGUUUAAUAACUGUAAUUGUACGAAAUACAUAUAUCUGUAACAUAUUUGAAAUAUUAAUUUAAAAACGUUAACUAAAUGAAUGAAAAGCAUUUUUAGUACUCUGUGUUUCGAUAUUCCUUAUUUAAAAAAAUUUCAAAUACUUUUAUGUCAAGUGAGUUUAAUAAACUUAGUGUAUGAGUACUAACCUGCCAUAUAGGCACAUGUACAAGUACAAGAGCAUAUCUGCAUAUAUAUGUAUGCAUUUACUAACCUCCAUAGAGUCAUACCAAACAUAUUUAUUGCAUUUUUACGCGUUUAUUUGUAAUAAUUCAAAUAACUGUAUAAAUAAUAAAAAAAUAAAUAAAUUUUAA